AUGUGCGUCGCCUCGGAGGUCACGGCCGUCACCGCCCGCGCGCAGACGGCGAAGGAGUGGCAGGUGCGGGGCGAGGUCGGGGACGCCGCGUGCAACGUCGAGGAGGUGGAGACCGCGAACGAGCAGCAGCUGCACGAGAUACUGGCGGAGCUGACCAACACCACGUACUUCAGGCUGUUCCCGGUCGACCUCAGCCGCAAGUGCAAGUUCUGGAACAAGCAAAAGGAGACCGACGAGGACAAGCACGAACCCUCGUGCAGCGCACCCGCCGAGGAGGACCCGUCGAACCCGUUCGGCGGCGGCUCGUCCAACGCGUUCGCGCCCGCCGAGCAGGCCCCCACCGCGUGCUCGCUGGACCUCGCGAGCAAAGAUCCCGGAUCGAUGAAGUGGGCGCCGGCGACGACGCCGGUGGACCGGCGCAUCACCGAGCAGGAGCACGUCGCCAUCGCCGCCAACGACGACGGCGCCAACGACUGUGCCGACGCGGACCUGCCCGAGUUCUGGAUGGACAUGUGCGGCUACGACGCCCCGCCGCCCGGGUCCGAGGACCACGGCGCCCUCGAGUACGUCAACCUGCAGCUCAACCCGGAGCGAUGGACCGGGUACAACGGCUCGCACGUCUGGUCCGCCAUCUACGAGGAGAACUGUUUGAAGCAGAGCGGGAGCGUGGACGACAUGUGCUACGAGGAGCGGGUGCUGUACAGGCUGCUAUCCGGCAUGCACGCCAGCGUCAACAUCCACAUCGCGCUCAAGGCUAAGACGCCGAAGAAGGGCGUGGUGGGGCGAGAGGAUUGGUCCGCGGACCCGGCGAGGUUCGCGGCGCACUACGGGCAACACCCCGAGCGACUGCGCAACCUGCACUUCUCGUUCGUGGUGCUGCUCAGGGCGCUGCGCAAGGCUGCGCCCACGCUCGGCGUGAUGGACCUGUCGCUGGGUCAGGACAAGGCGGAGGACGCUCGGACGGGCGCGCUGAUGCGUCGGCUCCUCGACACGCACAUCCUGUCCUCGUGCAGCGGGGUGUUCGGGGCGUUCGACGAGAGCAUGCUGUUCCGCGGUGGCGCAGGGGUGAACGGGGAGGCGAGCUCGCCGGUCGCCGAGCUAAAGUCGCAGUUCAAGGGUGUGUUUCACAACAUAUCCGAGGUGAUGGACUGCAUCUCGUGCCAGAAGUGCAAGCUCCACGGGAAGCUGCAGCUCCUCGGGCUGGGCACCGCGCUCAAGGUAUUGCUCCUCCCGGAGCACCUGCACGCCACCGCGCUGUCGCGAUCGGAAGUCGUCGCCCUCGUCAACACGGUGGCCAAGUUUUCCCACGCCAUCCUCGCAGCCCCCGAGCUCGCGGCGGCGCACUCCGACGCGUCGACGCGAGCCGCGACCGCCGCGGCUCCCGUCCCGGACCUCUCCUCCGCGGGCAUCAUGACGGCGUCAUCGGACUGGACGCCGGCGACGACGAGAAGUUUGAUGGACGCGGCGAUCAGCGCCGUCGCCGCGCUCGCCUCCGACGGCGCGAUCGGCGCCGCGGACGAGGAUGCCCUCGUUGACGCCGCCGUCGCCGCGGACCCGAGGGUGCUCAUACUCGCCAGGCACUACGGCGUGGGGGACCCGUCCAAGUUUGCGCAACACGCGCUGCGGGCGGUGCGAUCCGGCCCGUUCGUCGGGUACUCGUCGUACACAGCUGUGGCGUCGUCGUCCGUGAAGUCGUCACAAGUGGAUGUUGUCGUGGUGGGCGGCGGCCUCGCGGGUCUCACCGCGGCGCUCACCGCGCUCGACCGCGGCGGCCGGGUGACUCUGGUGGAGAAGGAAGGGUACGUGGGGGGUAACUCGCAGUGGGCGUCGAGUGGGAUCAACGGCGUCGACCUUACCAACGCCACCAACCCGGACACGGUGGAGACGUUCGAGUCGGACUGCUGGCGGAGCAGCCUCGGGGGCGGCGCGGGAGCCGCGACGGGCGCCACGCUCGGGUGCGACGCAGUCGGUCAAAGUCGGUCAAAGUCGAACGACGACGCGUCAAAGUCGGACAAUUCGACGCCGAACAAAAACGAUUCGUGCUCCGCCCUCGGGGGACCGUCGCCGGAGAGCGUGGAGCACAUCCCCACGCUCGCCGCCGGGUCCGUGGAGACGCUGACGUGGCUCCGCGACAGGGUCGGCGUCGACCUGUCGAGGGUCGGUCAGCUCGGCGGGCACUCGCACGCGCGGACGCACAGGCCCGCGUCCGGCAUGGCGGGCUCUACCCUCGUGCUCGCGCUGCAGAAGCAGUGCGAGACGUACGCCAAGAGUGGGGCGCUGACGUGGCGCAAGAAGACGCGCGUGGAUGAAAUCACGAUGGAUCCGGCGACGGGCGCGGUGAGCGGGGUACGGUGGACCACAAAGGAUGGAACCGUCGGAUUCGACUCGGCCAAGUCGGUGGUGCUCGCGACGGGCGGGUUCGCGAACGACCGCGAGGGCCCGGACUCUUUGCUCCGCAAACACGCCCCGGACUCCACCAGGUUCGCCACCACAAACACCAAGGGAACCACCGGGGACGGGCACAAGCUCGCGUUCGGUGUGGGCGCCCAGGGCGUGGACAUGGCCAACGUGCAGAUCCACCCCACCGGCUUUGUCGACCCGAACGAUCCGAAGGCGUCGACCAAGACGCUCGCGGCGGAGAUUCUUCGCGGCGCCGGGGGGCUGCUCCUCACCCGCGACGGGCGCAGGUUCGCGGACGAGCUCGGGACCCGGGACUACGUCAGCGGGCGGAUGCUCGCCGAGGCCAAGGCCGAGGCGGCCGCGGGCGGUCUCGAGGUUGGCGAGGACGUGUCGCUGGAUUUCGCCCUCGUGCUCAACGACGCGGGCGCGAGGGAGGCGGACAAGCACGUGCCGCUGUACACCCAGAAGGGCCUUUUACGCGAGUUCGACACCGUCGAGGACCUGGCGGCGUGGCUCGACGACGAGCUGCGCGCCAAGGACAUGAGAGGACACCACGCGGCGGACACCGUCGCCACCGUCCGAGCGACGCUCGCGGCGUACGACGCCGUCGCCAAAUCCGGCGGACCCGAUCCGGAGACGAACAAGACGUUCUUCCACAACGCGCCCUUCCUGGUACCGUCGGGUAAGUUCUACGCCGGACGCGUCACCCCCGUGGUGCACUACACCAUGGGAGGCGUCCGGGUGGAUAACCUCGGGCGCGUCGUGCGCGAGGGGGGCGACGGGUCAGUCAUCCCGGGGCUGUACGCGGCCGGGGAGUUGAUCGGGGGCGUGCACGGGCGGAACCGGCUGGGCGGAAACGCGCUGACCGAGUGCGCGGUCUUCGGUCGCAUCGUCGGCGGCGACGUGCCCGUGGCGUCGUCUUCGUUCGUCGACGCGGGCGGCGGGGCGGCACCGACGGCGGCGGCACCCGCGCGGACGGCCAGGAGGGACGUCACCCGAGAGGAGCUGUCGCGGCACAAGUCGGAGGAGAGCUGCUGGGUGGCGGUGUACGGCGAGGUUUACGAUUUCACCGACUUUUUGGACGAGCAUCCGGCGGGAGCUGAGGCUAUCCUAAAGUACGGCGGAACCGACGGGACGGCGAUAUUCGACUCGGUACACAGCAGGGACAUGCUGGACGACUUCGACGCCGUCGGCCCCCUCGUGGAUUGACUGAGCUGAUUUUUUCCCAUUCUUUCACCAAAAACUU